AUGGCGACACUGCUGCGUCGUGCGUUAUACUGGAGUCUUCGGUUCCGGGAUGCGUUGGAGGUUUCCCUGGCCAGCGUCCAGAUUUCGACGGAGACAGCAGGAACAACCUCCCUCUUUCGUGCGCUAUUCCAAGUUUGGCGAGGUGCACCUGCACAGCGCAAAGUGUUUGUUGAAACCGUACUUGACGAAAUGUCGAAGCCAGCGUCGUUUGUGGCCACGUUGACUGGGAACUCCAUGGCACCCACGCUGAACGCCCACGUCACGUCCCCGUUCCGUCCGGGCGAACGUCUCGUCAUUCGACGGCUAUCGCGCUGGACCGGCAGCAUGGACACAGUCCGAGGCGAGGUUACCUUCUACCGGAGACCUCUUGCGUACCGGGGCGAUAUCGUGGUCGUCAAGGACCCCGAAGACGGUUCGCGUCGUUUCGUCCGACGAGUGGUUGCACUUGAGGGUGACGAGCUCGUACGUGAUGAAGAAGAAACGAGCCAGGCGUUGUUGCGGCUCGAACGUGGUCAGUACUGGGUUCUGCGAGACAAUGAUAACCCCAUCGAGGAGGAUAUUCAGCUGCUGCGAGAGCGGGCGCUCGAAGCGGAAACCGCCUCUGCCGACCCGCAGGCAAACGCGCAGAAAGCGGAUGCUCCAAACGUAGGCAGUGGAGCGGCCUUACCAGCGGAGCGGCUUCCACUGGCCCAGCAAAUUAAUCUCCUGCGCAUUCUUCGUCGUGAUAGUCGAGACUUUGGACCGGUAACAAGCGAUCAUAUCAUAGGCCGGGUCAUCUACGCGAUUCGGAACGAAGUGGAUCACGGGCGCGUGCGGAACAGCGGCCUGUCGAUGAUGCGAGAUGAUGUGAUUUUGGCCGUUGAGUUGCAGCAGCUCGGCAUGUGCUGA